AUGUCUCCCAAAUCAAGCCUCGUGUCUCCCAAAUCAAGCGAAGAGGUCUCGAUGGAGGACACAUCUGAAAAGACGAAGGUUAUUGAGUCGUCGUCGUCGUAUCUCGGAAAGCGCAAGACGGAGGAGGAUUGCGAGUCGUCGUCGGAGGAAGACGAAGUAACUGAUUCGGAGGAAGAAAGCGAACCUGAAACCGAGCCGUUGUGGGGCUAUGAUAGCUUCGAGGACAGAAACUACUACUCCUACUCGGAAGGUGAACUUGCCGAUGCUUUCUCCGAUCCGGAGUCCGUAAAGCCCGCCCUUGACUACAGACGCCAGCUUUACUUGACCAGGGGUUUUGAGGUGGAUCCUAAGAGCGUUCCAAAGGAUAUGAUUACUGGAAUGUUUCCUAUAAACUUGAAUGAUACACUCUUUGGCUGGAAGUCACCAGAUGGAACCGCACGUGGCUACAUGGAGCUCAUGGGAUUGGAUGUGAAAAUGGAUCAUGUCGUGAGAGCUAUUGCAAGGAGAACUGCAGGAAUCAAGUGUUACAUAACCUUUAUGGCUAGAGAGACUCCCACUGGACCUCUUGUUGAGUAUCAAGCUAAGACCGAGUGGAAGCGACGCCAAGUUCACACUUAUCCAAUCUUUUGCAGACCUUCUCCUCCACCGGCCAAUCUUAAGGAGCAGGCUCGUAGAAGCACAAGGGUCAGGCCAAAAUCAGUUAGAUAA